GGGCCCCCCGCUCCCUAGCCCCGGCCCGGCUCUCCCCGCGGCGCAGCACGGAGUCUCGGCGUCCCAUGGCGCAACCCACGGCCUCGGCCCAGAAGCUGGUGCGGCCGAUCCGCGCCGUGUGCCGCAUCCUGCAGAUCCCGGAGUCCGACCCCUCCAACCUGCGGCCCUAGAGCGCCCCCGCCGCCCCGGGGGAAAGAGAGCGCGAGCGCGCUGAGCAGAGAGCGGGAGAACGCGUCCUCGCUCGCCGGGCGGGAGGCCCGGGAGCCGGCCCAUGGGGAUCGCGCACCCGGCGCCGGCCAGGACGACCGCCGCCGCCCGCGUCGCGCCCGGCCCGUGAAGCCCAGGGACUCUCCCUAGGAGAGCCCAUGAGGGCGGGGGAGCGAUGGAGAGUACGCCCAGCUUCCUGAAGAACACCUUGGCCUGGGAGAAGGCGGCGCCUGAGAAUGGCAUCGUGGGACAGGAGCCGGGUUCCCAGCCACGGGAUGGCCUGCACCGCGGGGCACCUGCUCCCUUCUGGAGGGGCGUCCUGAACACCCCAGACUCCUGGCUUUCCCCUGGCUGCCCCCAGGCCCCCAAGGACACGCUCCCGCUGGUGCAGGGCGAGGGCCCCCUGAACGGGGAGAGGAAGGCCAGCUGGCUGGGUGGCAAAGAGGCCCUGCGCUGGAAGGGGGCGGCGCUCCCCCACCCGCUGGCGUUCUGUGGGCCCGCGUGCCUGCCUCACUAUGGCCCCCUGACUCCUGAGCAGAGUGGCAGCCAUCCCAAGAGUGACCCUGUGGCCUUCCGGCCCUCGCACUGCCCUUUCCUUCUGGAGACCAAGAUCCUGGAGCGAGCUCCUUUCUGGGUGCCCGCCUGCUUGCCACCCUACCUCGUGUCCGGCCUGCCCCCAGAGCGUCCAUGUGACUGGCCCCUGGCCCCACAUCCCUGGGUGUUCUCCGGAGGCCAGCCCAAAGUGCCCUCCGCCUUCGGCUUAGGCAGCAAGGGCUUUUACCACAAGGACCCGAACAUUCUCAGGCUGGCCAAGGAGCCCCUGGUGGCUGCGGAACCCGGGCUAUUGGGCUUGGCCCCUGGUGGGCAUCUCCAGAGAGGCGGGGAGGCGGACCGCCCUCCACUCCACCCGAGGGACGCAGAGACAGCGGGAAGGCAGCAGAACUUGUGCCCACUCUUCCUGGGGCAUCCGGACACUGCUCCCCAUGCCCCCUGGCCCCCUUGUCCCCCAGGCCUGGUUCACACUCUUGGCGGUGUCUGGACUGUGCCAGGCAAUGGGAGCCUUGGGUACCAGCUGGGGCCGCCAGCCACGCCAAGGUGCCCCUCUCCUGAGCCUCCUUCUCAGGGGGGCUGUUGCUCACCCUGCCCACCCACUAGAGACGGGGCGCUUGGCUCCUGCGGGGCAUGCCGGGAGGGCCUGGACGGGGAUGCCGGUGCAUCUGGUGAAAACGGUGAGGAAGGGCACAAGGCCUCUGGCCCCGGGACCUGCCCACCCAGCAACCACACCAAGCUGAAGAAGACCUGGCUCACGCGACAUUCUGAGCAGUUUGGGUGUCUGGGCGGCUGCCCUAGGGGUGAGGAGAGCCUAGCUGCCCGGGUCCGGAACCUCAAGAGGGCAGGCAGCCCUGAGGCCCAGGGAGCAGUGGGCAGCCCAGCCCCCAAGCGCCCAGCCGCCCCUUUCCCUGGCACUGUGGGGCAGGGGCAUCAGGAGUGGCAGGAGCUCCUGGACGUGCCAAUCGGGAGCAAGGCCGAGGCAGAGGGGCACGCGGCCCAGAGAGGACCCCAAGAUGGCAGGAGCAGCCUCCAGGAUACAGGGCUUCAGGACAGACCUCGCCCAGCCCUCCUGGCAGGCAUUCCUCACUGCCAAAGCUGUGCUCAGGCUGUUGGAGAGGUGGGAGGGCCGGCCUGCUGCUCCCGGCCAGCACGGAGAUGGCCCCAGGGAGGUGAGCGGCAGCCAGAGGAGAACUUGGAGGCUGCCUCUGAAGAGGGAGGAGAGUCUGGCCCGGGGGCCGGGCUGGGCAGAGGCCUCGCCAAGCACCUGCUGAGCGGCCUGGGAGACCGUCUGUGCCGUCUGCUGCGCAGGGAGCGGGAGGCCCUGGCCUGGGCUCAGCGGGAAGGCCAGGGGCCAGCUGUGGCGAAGGAUGACCCAGGUGGUCCACGCUGCUGUAGCCGAUGUCACCACGGACUCUUCAACACCCACUGGAGAUGCCCGCGCUGCGACCGCCGGCUGUGCAUGGCAUGUGGCCGCAUGGUGGGCGCUGGGAGGACCACGGAGAAAGCAGGCUCACAGGAGCAGUCUGGGGCGUGUGCCCAGGAGGCUGGCCACACUACCUGUUCCCUGAUGCUGACCCAGUUUGUCUCGAGCCAAGUUCUGGCAGAGCUGGGCACUGCCAUGCACCAGGUCUGGGUCAAGUUUGACAUCCGCGGGCACUGCCCCUGCCAAGCCGAUGCCCGGGUGUGGGCCCCCGGGGAUGGGGGCAAGCAGAAGGAGCCGACAGAGAAAGCCCCCGCAGCCCCACCACCUUCCUGUAAUGGGGACACCGACAGGACCAAGGACAUCAAAGAGGAGAGCCCAGACUCUGCCGAGGCUCCCGCAGAGGACCGUGCCAGCCGAGGGCCCCUGCCGUGUCCCUCUCUCUGCGAACUGCUGGCCUCGACUGCUGUCAAGCUCUGCCUGGGGCAUGAGCGGAUACACAUGGCCUUUGCCCCCGUCACUCCGGCCCUGCCCAGCGACGACCGCAUCACCAACAUCCUGGACAGCAUCAUUGCCCAGGUGGUGGAGCGGAAGAUCCAGGAGAAGGCCCUGGGGCCGGGGCUGCGCGCGGGGCCCGGCCUGCGCAAGGGCCUGGGCCUGCCCCUCUCGCCAGUGCAGCCCCGGCUGCCUCUUCCGGGGUCCUUGCUGUGGCUACAGGAGCCCAGGCCUCGGUGCGGCUUACACCUCUUCCAGGAGCACUGGAGGCAGGGCCAGCCCGUGUUGGUGUCAGGGAUUCAGAAGACAUUGCGAGGCGACCUCUGGGGGCCGGAAGCUCUUGGGACACUCAGAGGCCGGGUGCAGAUGCUGCCCUCCCUCGGAGCCCCGCAGUCCGCCAGCCUGGGCAGCACAGCAUUCUGGGAAGGCUUCUCCCGGCCAGAGACUCGGCCGAAGUCCGAUGAGGGCUCAGUCCUGCUGCUGCACCGAGCACUGGGAGAAGAGGACGCCAGCAGGGUGGAGAACCUGGAGGCCAGCCUGCCGCUCCCUGAGUACUGCACCCUCGGUGGGAAGCUCAACCUGGCUUCCUACCUGCCGCCAGGCCCUGCCCUGCGCCCCCUGGGGCCCCAGCUCCAGGCUGCCCAUGGGGUAAGCCCACACCGGGGCCACCUGGGGACCAAGAACCUGUGCGUGGAGGUGACUGACCUGGUCAGUGUCCUGGUGCACGCUGAGGCACCGCUACCCGCCUGGCACCGUGCACAGAAAGACUUCCUCUCGGGGCUGGACGGCGAGGGGCUCUGGUCUCCAGGCAGCCAGGUCGAUGCGGUGUGGCACGUGUUCCGGGCACAGGACGCCCAGCGCCUCCGCCGCUUCAUCCAGAUGGUGUGCCCGGCAGGGGCAGGCAGCCUGGAGCCUGGUGCCCCUGGAAGCUGCUACCUGGACGCAGGGCUGCGGCGGCGCCUGCGGGAGGAGUGGGGUGUGAGCUGCUGGACCUUGCUACAGGCCCCCGGAGAGGCCGUGCUGGUGCCGGCAGGGGCUCCCCACCAGGUGCAGGGCCUAGUGAGCACGGCCAGUGUCACUCAGUACUUCCUGUCCCCCGAGACCUCUGCCCUCUCUGCUCAGCUCUGCCACCAGGGGCCCAGCCUGUCCUUUGACCACCAUCUGCUUUAUGCCCAGAUGGACGGGGCUGUGUUCCAAGCAGUGAAGGUGGCUGUGGGCACAUUACAGGAGGCUAACUGAGGGGACCCAGGUGUCUGGGGAGGAGGGAGGCAAGGCACCAGGUGUACAGCCGAGGUGCAGCUUCAGCGGGGGUGGCUGCUGGGGGACUUGGGGACCUUGGGUCAUCCCCACAAGCACCACUCUGGGCUCUAGCAGGACAUCCUGUUGCUCAUCCUUGCCCUGGGCCCUAAAGCCAACAACCGCAGUGCCACCAAAGCUCACACCUGCCCUAUGCAGGCUGGCACCUGCUCCACCCCUGCAGCCCUCUCCAUGGUCCCAGGCCCACAGUGGGUGACGACUCCCUCCCAACCCAGGGGACAAACAGCUCUUCCUUGGGGGACCUUGGGAAGCAUUCUGGCUUAAGCGACACUUCUUUCUGCUGCCUCAUUCCUACUGUCCCUCCUGUGUCCCAAGUUCUGCUUACACCACCCGCAGCCUCCCUGGGCCCCCGCAAGCCCGUUACAAGGCAGCAUGCUGGACAAGGGGUCACUGAUGUUUGGCCCUCUGGACAAAAGAGCCUGACACGUGCGAGAGAUGCCUCCGGAGCUGCUGGACCUGGCCGGAGGGGACGGCACAGCCACGUCUCAGUCCUGCUCGCUGUCGUGGUGCCCAUUAAAGUCUGUUGUUUUGUGAGCAUCAGUGUGGUCGGUACUGCUCCUGCAGGCCACGUGGUCCAGGGAGGAGAGCUGGAAGUCUGCUCUGGAGCAGAGGCAAAUGGGGUGGGGCAGUGGGGACCGGGCCUGGUGACAGGGACCUCAAAUACCACUGCCUGCUCUCUGGGGCCUGGGUCGCUGUUCCCCUGAAGAUGCAGGCCAGGCAGAACCCUGAGGCACAGCGGCGGGGUGGCUUCCCAAAUAGCAUCAGCCUGCAGAUUCUGGAGCCCCACCCAUCGCAGCAGACUCCAGGCCACCUCACCUGUCCCGUCUGCCCUGACCUGGAACUCCAGCAGUGCCCUGGCCCAGCCCAGCCGCCCUGGGGCAUGGGCUUCACUGCCUGGGACAGCUGGCCCUUCCCCUCCUGCCCCAGCUCACGCCCAUCUGAACAGCUCUGCCCUCUGCCCCUUCCCUGUGUGUCUCAGCCUCACAGACUAUCCCAUCCAUCUGUUGUUCCUGCCGUGGUUUGGGGAGUGUUUUUUAUUAAAUAAAUUUUUUUAUUAUAAAUGUAAUAUUCUUUCAGAACAUUUGGAAAGUCACCUGCAAGCCCACCUCUCCUCGCCCCUAGCCCAGUGCUGUAAGCACCGGGGCGCGUUCCCUUCCACAGACCUCUGGCACCAAUUUGAACGGCGUGCUUCAGCUGUGGCUCUUUUGUUUACCGCUGUGCUGUCACUGUCUUCCAAGUUGCUCCUGGUCCUAAUUUUAAAUGGUGGCUUAUAUGUCACCAAGUGGCCUUGCCACAAUUUACACAACCAUCCUUCAUUUAAAGAAAAAAAAAAGUUGACUGAAGAGCUCAGUUGCUUUUACUUUGCCACGGGAUUAAAAGAAAGAGAGAAGGUCUAGCCUGGUGACAGUCAAGAGUGGACUGAGCUGUGUGCUGGAAGCCACAUGGCUGACCACGGGUUCGGGUCCUUGGGUCGGCCUGAAAACACAACAGGUGUGGGCCCAAGACCCUGAUGAACUGGAGGGCUGGGGGGCAGAUCACAGGCAAACAACAAAAAAAAUUAAAAAGUAGAGAACGCCUCCUUACUGUGCUAUUUUCAUCCAACGUCUCAUUUAACCACUUUCAAUUAAGUGAUUUCAUUUAAUAAUCCCUUAUUGCUAUUUUCAAGUAGAUAUGAUUUAU